UGAACUGUACAAAACCAUCAUCUGCUGGGAUCAUGAAAACACCAUCUACCUCCUCAACCACAACUUUUAUUCUACUGUUUUAUCUGCUUUUUCCAUUUCUACAUGCCAGCUGUCCUAGUAAAUGUGGCAAUGACAAUACCGUACAUGGCUGUAGGUGUAACAGUAUGUGCUCCGUUGAAAGUUACUGGUAUCGGCGACAGGGAAUCCAGAAAUGUGAACGCUGCACUCCCAAGUGCUCUGAGGAUUUAAAUCAGAUAGAAGUUACUUCAUGCACUUUGGACCACAAUCGUGUGUGCCACUGCAAACCAGGAUUCUACUGUACAAGUAAAAACAAUUAUUCCACAUACUGCAACAAACCAUGUGUUCCAUGUGAGCCUGGCACUUUCUCCAGCAAACACUCUUUGAACCCAACCUGCAUGCCUCAUACAGAUUGUGCAAGUUUUGGAAUGAUAGUGAUCAAAGAGGGCACAGCGACUCAGGACAGAGAAUGUCGGCAUCCUGUGACCACGCCCAUGACCACGACUACUCCCUCCACCGUUAUAACCAUCAUCUCCUCUACUACAGACUCCACCCUCAGUCCCAGCACUACAGACUCCAGCGCCACCACCACAACCCCGACAACACACACCUUCAUCACUAUCAAACCCAUCACCUCCCCGACACUCCAUUAUUUCAGAUCUCAACAGAAUCCUUCACAUCUAUUCGCAGCACAGAUGCGCCAACUGUCUUUGCAGUCUACAGCCGAGACAACCUCUCCCCCAAGCACUGAUGUGAACACAAGGGGCGAUCAACUAUUCAUAAAUACAUCCAGUGUCAGCCAGUCCUAUUGGCUGCUCCUGUGGAUCUUUUUGUUGACACUCCUGUUGGUGAUGACCGGCAUCUGUUUGCUGCAGAAAAGAACGGCACAGAAAACAAUUUCAAAAUGCACAGGUGUCCUUUAUGGAAAGCAUUCUUUGAAAGAUCACAAAGUUGAAGCUCAAUUACCACUUGGCAAUGAUAUCAGAGCAGUCAGAGGUCAAAGUAUGGGGGUGAUGUCGCCUAAGGGAGGUGUUCAACAGGUCAGCAAUGGGAAGAGUGAGAAUGUCAGCAACACAGUAGGGUCCAUCUAUAUCUAUUCACCUGGAAUGGUGAUUUUGGGCUCCAACUCGGGUGAUAAGAAGGAAGAAGCCGAAGUUUGUGAACAGAACGUACCCCUCAUCAGCACACCUCAACAGGAGUCAGCUCCACCUUCACAGGAGAUCAGGGUACGAAUGAGCACACAGGAAGACAUCGAGGAGGAACUGAACUUGAGUUUUCCUGUGCCAGCUUCUGGAAAGUGAGCACUUGAACACGCGGCUGCUUGCGUGAUCUUCAGAAUGGCUUUCGAGGAGGUCCCAGGUGCCUUGUUAUUCAAAUAUGGACCUCGAGGCUGUAAACCACAUGGGGACUUGAGUCAAAGACAAAGAAUUUUGUUGUGAAACUACAAAGAUAUAAGAUUCCUGUACUGACAAUGCGAAAUGUAUGGGUUCCAUUCACAAGGAACACACAUACUGGGAAAAUUUACAUGCUAGCUUCCACUGAAAGAUGUUUUGGAUAAAAGCAUCUACCAAAUGUUUAAAUGUACUAGAUAAAUAGAGUCAAGUAAUGGUUUGUAAUCAUGCGUUUUUUUAAUUUUGCACAUAAGGAGAAACAUUUAUGCUUAAUUGAUGUUUGUCAAGUCUUGAAUAUAUCAUAAGUGCCUGAGUAUAUAAUUUUUGCCUUGGCAAAAAAUUAUUAUUAUUAUUAUUUAUUUUUUUUUCACAAGUAAUAUUUUACAAUACUAUGUUUGUGUUGUGUAUGACUUGUUUUAUAGUUUGAGUAAUUGUUUAAGAUGUAAAACCACGUAAUUGAAUGGAUGUUUCUAAACAGGAUUUGUUACACAGGUGUAGGCGUUUAAUUUGCAUGUCUAAAAAUACCUCACCUUUAGAAAGAAGGUGUCUGAUUUUACUAAUGUAGGAGGUCUGGGCAAACUGCGUUUACUCUGCAACCUUUACAGCACAUGUUAAAUAUGACAUAUUUCUGGUGUUGCAAUAGAGUGCCUUCUUUAAAAUCAUUGCUACAUGUUACAAUUUUGCUUAAUUUUAUAUCGGCAGCAAAAUCAUCACAGUUAUAUACUGCAUUUUCGAUAUAGAACAUGCUUUCUAAAUGACAUUUGGUUGGAGAGGAGGGGUUGAAAAAUAAGAGGGCUUGGUGAAGCCGAAAAGGAAUGUCAUAUCCAAAUUAUUACAUUCUGAUAAAAGAUUACGAGGACAAACCUUUUUCAUUUGAAAUAUACAUUUCUCACAUCCUCUUAAUGAUCCAUUUAAUUUAGUACAGUGUGUACAGUGUGUGUGUGUGUGUGUGUGUGUGUGUGUGUGUGUGUGUGUGUGUGUGUGUGUGUGUGUGUG